AUGCAAUUUGUCAGCUCCCAUCAAGAUGAGAUUGCGGCGCUGAAACUGCAAUUGAAUGAAGCCAAUGAGGCGAUAGGGAGGUUGCGAAAAGAUGCCGCUUCUCUAGGCAAGUCAGUGGAGGACUUCGGAAGCAUGGUGAAGAAAAAGGUGUUUCCAAGUGAGGAGACUGCACUGAAGGCUGCCAAUGUAGCCGAGGAAGUCAAGCGAACCGUGUCCAAAGUGGUGGAUGAACAGGUCUGGGAGACCGUGGAGAGGAAGGCGAGGGCUUGCUCCAUUCGUGUAACAGGGUUGGAAGAGUCUGCUGACGAAAACCCUUCUAGCAUCAAAGACAAGAUUGUGGCUUUGUUCAGUGAUCGCAUGAGGGUAAAGAAUGCUGCGAAUCUGGUUGAGUCAGCCACUAGGAUCGGGCAGAAAAAGCAGGGUGAGCGCCCACGAGCGAUCCUGGUGAAAACUGUUUCAGAGCAAGGUCGGCGGCAGAUCUUGGUGGCAAAACCCACCCUGAAGGGACUGGCUGUGGGAGUGGAUGAGGAUCGGACGCCAAGGCAGCUGGCAGAGCACUUCCAUCAAGUCAAGCUUAUGAAGGAGGCUAGAGCAGAAAAGAAGCAUGCGCGCAUUGUUGGAGGAAGGUUGUUCAUCAAUGGCUCUUUGGUGGUGGCAGCCAGUCAGGUUGCUCCCACCUCAACAAAAUGCUAG